AUGGGGCUUUAUGUGACGAGAAGUGUCAAGCUGCGAAAGUCCACAAAAAAACCGCAGGCACCUCUGCUUCCCGGGGAUGUUGCGUUAUUGAGGCAGCUAGAGGACGAGAAAAAGCGGCGGAAAGAGGCGCCUGAAAAACUGAAAAAUCUGGGGAAAGCGCCGAUUCCCUGGCAGGUGUCUACCGACACUGAUCUUGGCGUGGUCAUGAAGAGCAUUCUUAGUCGACAAUGGGUAGAGCUCGAGGAGAAAACCAUCCACCAUGAGCUAUAUGCUAUGGUCCAUACUUUUCGUGCGAGCUUACCGCCGCUUCUUCUAGUAUCACAGAUAUACGGAGUGUUCCCGCACUCGUCAACAUACAUCGACCGAGAAAUCAACAAAGAGAGAAAAGCGGGACGUGUGAGGCUUCUAACUGUGAAUCAGGGUGAUUCCAACGAUUUGCUGAUCGAUUCAGCUGCAUUCUAUGCUGCAAUGGGUGAAGGUCGGCAUAUCAACAAAUUAAAGGCUAUGCUACAAAACGCACCGGAAGCAACUUGGCUUGGUAUCAACGCUCUUCGCAAUGCAGGAUUAACUGAUCAAGAAGUCUCGCAGCUUGUGCAAGAAGGACACCUCUCAAUUGAUCCAGGAAACCAUCAAGUCAGGUAUAUAAUGACACCCAUGCAGGGAGCGUUCCUCAAGUUAGUUACCUCAGGACGAACCUGGCUUCUAAAGACUCUUAUGGCCAACAAAUGGAAAGAGUUACCGGAAAACAAUAUUCAGGAGAAACUCGACUCUAGCAAAGGAUAUUGGCGUAACCUCAAGGGACUCAGCCUGGAAUAUAUCCUAUUUGAUGCAGUAGGAUCCGGGUGGAUCGACGGAUUCAACACGCCCAUUGGCCGUGGCUGGAAGGUUUUGCGGACAAGGUAA